UAACAAGGUUAGCUUCACCGCUUUUGAACUUAGGGAUUGCUGGGGAGGUCCACGAUAUCGUAGCACCGGUGAACGUGAACGUGAGGGAUGCUAAAAAAGAGCAGAGGAGAGAAACAAGCUCAACAAGACAUGUUCAGGAAAAGACAAGGCUGGAUCUGGCAACCCUAGACUUGGUCCAUGUCCAUCUUGACCUGACCGGGUGUCGAAUCUGGAACUUCCAAUCAGCAGUCCGGUAUCUAAAAUGGCAUCAGCGAGAUUUAAAAAAUUGGCGGCGGCCGCAUUGGAGCUUCCUGAGUGCCCUGUGUGCAUGGAAACGAUGUCGGCACCCAUAUUCCAAUGCCAAUCUGGGCACAGUCUCUGCAGCUCGUGCACGAGAGUACUAUCACCCCCAAACUGUCCCAUAUGUCGUCAGCCAAUGACGCAAAUACGGAACUGGCAACUUGAGGAGAUAAUUGCCAAAGCUAAGGUAAGCUGUCCGAAUAAGAAUCAGGGAUGCGUGUACACCAUGGUGAACUGCGACGUGGAGGAACAUCUGAAAGAGUGCAUCUUCCGAGAGAUGGACUGUCCACUCGGCGCUGUGUUCGGAAAGUGUUCUUGGAAAGGGCACUUGAAAAUGAUGAUUGAGCAUUUCAAGGAGCGUCACCCUGCCCAUUGCAACAUCAGCUCCGACAGCGAAGUGGAACUGGAUAACAUCAAAAUUACAGAGGACGAUCGACACAUGUUCCUUGUAGCUCAAGGAAAGCUGUUAUUCAUAAUCACUAUGAAAAUUGACACGCUCCAAAAGAUGGUCUACUGGGCCGUGCAGCAUAUUGGUGGGAAGAAAUCUGCUCAGCAACAUGUUUAUGAGAUACAUGUCAGCAGUAAGCAAGACACUCGCAGGAAGACAGUGUUCAUAGAACAUUGCUUCAAUGAUGCUAUUAAAGCGGACGAAGUGUUCCGCAUAGGAAAAUGCGCAGUGAUGCCUUUAGACGUGCUAAGCCACUUUAUAAAAGACAGGAAGCUGUCAUUUCGUUUCUUCAUCAAACGAAUGCCACCGGUGCAAAAAGAAAAGAUUAACAAGGGGGAUGUUAAGAAAGAUGAAAACAAACCUCCAGGGCCGGGCAAAGCACCAAAAGGGCCUAAACCUGCAGGAUCCCACAAUGCUGGGCCCAAAGGCUUCAAGAAACCUGCUAAAGCUUAAUUUUUUAUAUAAAUUUGCUAAAUUGAAUAUUGUUAGCAAAUAGGCAGGUAUUUUUGAUUAAGUUACGAUUAACAAACUUAUUACUUUAAUGUUUUCUUUGCUAUUACAUGAUAGAUAGGAGAAAAAAAUAGAGAUCCAAAUUUGUUGGUAGUUGAGAUGACGAAAAUAAAACUGCAGAUCGCAUCGCAGUCGUAUACCUAACAAUGGCUUGAGAUUCGUGAUAUAUAAGUUUCGUUCGAAUAUAUCCAUGCAGAUAUCAAAUCAAUAUACAUAUAUAAUAUUGAUAUCUAAUCUUUGAAUGUAGACAUUGUAUCUCAGUUAACUUUUUUUUCAUCAGCCGAUAUCAAGUGAUACCUAUACUGCAUGUCCGGUAGGUACGUAAAUACCAACAAAAAUAAGAUGUGAUCUUUUCACAAAAAUUAUCGAAUUUUGUUAUGAUAGUCAACGCCCCGAAAGAUAUCCUGCGACAAUAUCUGGCCAGGUUGUUGUCGUCGUCAGGACUUAUUUCGUGGCGCCACAUACUUAGGCGAUGUAUGAUUGAUUGAUACAUGAUUUUCGUAAUGCAAGCUCCACACUGUCGCCGAUCUCAAAAACGUGCCGUCGCGAAUGCGUGUGCAUCGAAAAACCAGCAAUACUGAGUCUACAAAAGUUGACAAUGUGGAGCCAGCAUAAAAAAAUAUUUUUUGUUUUUACAGAAAGUGAUUUUGUGUCCUUAUAUGUUGCUAUAUUGUAUUGUUUUCAUAAGUUUGGGUGAAGUGAGUGGUUUAAUUUUUAAAAUAUCGUUAAAAUAUCUCAUGUAAACUUGUAUUAUAGUGGAUCAACAUAACGCAUACAUAUUUCGAUUAAUAAUCGUAAGUGUGGUUAUAUACCUAUACUUUAUAUACCUAGUUACAUUUUUAUGUGGUGUAAAGCGAAAAAUUAAAGAUUUUACUCUCACUAUGGACCCAACAAAUAACAUUCAAUGUAGAACAAUUUUAUCAUAACAUCUUCCUAUAUCCUUAGUUAUAAUUAUUUUGUCAGCAAAAGGUAGAUGUAUGAAACAGUUGGAUUUAAACAAUUAUUUUAAAAAUAAAAGAUGAUAUGGA